AUGAUAAGCUUGAAAAAAACCAAUGAUCUUCACAGUCAUUUCUUUAACAUUUUGGAGUUACCAGAAAUUGUUACUCACAUUUUCCGAAAUUUAGAUAUAGAAGAAAGAGCAAGAAAAAGACUUGUUAACACAACAUUUAAUCAUGUCUAUUUAAUUGAAGAGGAGAAUGAAAUGUUGCAAUUAUGGAAGAAGUACGAGAGUGGAUAUUGUGGUGGUUAUUAUGUAAAACCACUCAGUGACGAAGAGUUGAUAGCUUUGGAACAACAAUUUGACAUGAAGAUGCAAUAUCAUUUGAAGAUUUGGUUGACCAAGUGCUCAAAUGGAAGAUUUGAAUGGCAACAAUCAUUGCUAUCAAUUGCAAAUACUGGAGAUUGGGAUUAUAUCAUUAAUUCUCCAUGUUUACAGAAAUGUAAAUUUGAAUUGAUGGAUCAUUUUGGUGAUGAGAUAGAAAACUUUAUUUGUGUCCAUUUCUCGUCCAGAGAUCUCUGUGUAAUGGACAAAAGGAAUGGUAAAUUCUACCAUUCCUCGAAUGCUGCUAGAUUAUAUUGGAAGCAGAUAGGUUAUAUUAGGGAAUGGUUAGAAAACAUUUCGUAUGAUAUUCUGUAUCCAUUAUCUGAAUUGAAAGGUGAUCAUAUCAGUGCUCAGUUUUACAAAUACUCGGAAGAUAUCAAGAAAUUGACCUCUGAAGGCAAUAUGAAUGAAUUUCUGAGAUUUAUCUCUGCAAGUCCUCAAUCCUAUUCUUUAUUGAGUAAUGAAUGGAAGGGAAAGGAAGAAGUAAUUGGAGCACUUUUAUCAAAUAAUUAUGAGGAUCCUAAUGGGUUCUUUUCACAUUUACCAGCUCACAUUCCAUUUGAUUUGAGAAAUGACAAGGAAUUUUUAUUGAAAUACUUUAAAAUAGCCGACUUUUGCUAUUACAUUCCAACAAAAUUGAGAAAUGACAAGAAAUUUAUGAAGAAAUUAAUAUUACAAUAUAAUACUUGUUUCAAUAUAGGAGCCUUGCCAAAGGAUAUUCUCAGAGAUACUGAAAUAUUAAGGUCACUUUCUGAUAGUAUUCUCUUAAACUCUGAGGUCCAAGAAUAUGUUGAUUGGGAGUUUGAAACUGUUGAGCAAGUUAAAACUUUCUUUACUCAGCACCCAGAAUCACAUAUUUCAAUUCCAUUCAUUUCAGAUACUAUCCUGAAUGAUAAAUCAGCAAUGAUCGAUAUUUUGAAUGAGGUCUAUAAUCUUGAACUUAAACCAGAAGAUACAUUGAAUGAUUUAUCAGCGAUUGAAAAAAUUGUAAAUGAAUCCUCACCAAUGGUUCUAUCUAUUGUUGAUGAAUCCAUCAGAAACAACAAAGAGUUUAUGAUGAAGCUUGGGGAAAUUUCUUUAAUGUUUAUUGGAAAUGAAUUGAAAACAGAUUUAGAUUUAAUUUCUAGUGCAAAACCGACAGUACUGAAAAAAUUGAAUCUCAUCAUGUCAAAACAAGAAUUUCUAGAAUUAUUAGAAAGGAUUCAAAAAGCACCAACUAUCCAAUUCAAAUACCUACACAAUUUGAAUUUAUUUGACGCCUUGAAAUAUCAAAUUCCCAGAGAAUAUUUCAAUGAUCCAGAGUUUGCUUAUGAAACCUAUAGAAUUACAUCAGCUUCAGAACAAUAUUUAGGGAAAGUUGCAAAACAAGAUUUUAAUUUAUGGAUUCGACUUGCACGAAUGGAAUUGGAUUUAUAUGGAGCUCCUCCAGAACUGUUGGUUACAAAUAGAGAUCUUGCCUUUCAAAACAUCUUUUCACCAAUGGACUUGCCCGAUGAUUUGAUUUUUGAUGAAGAUUUUAUGAUAACGUGGAUGGAUAACCAUCAGGAAAUCAAUGGUUUUGUUUGUUUGCCAACAAAGGCAAGAACAAGGAAGCUCUUUAAACACCUUCUUGUUAAGCAUCCUUAUUUGAAAAAGUUUGGUCCACCAGAAUGGUUGGAAGAAGAAAAACCAAGUAAAUAA